UGUCAAAGUAAAUUUGAAACUUUUUCAUUGUCGGACACAAUUUCUUUAUCAUUAUUACUCAUUCUACUUUGUUUGAUAUCGACAGACUAAAAAUUAUUAUUGAAAAACAUUAGUUCAACUUAAUGCUUAGCGGAAACAACAGUAUUUGUAAUAAAGUUUGUAUUUUCAUUACUUAUUUAUAACAAUACAUAAAGUAUGUCGGAUGUUAAAAAGGAUGACGUUAAACUGAAAUAUAUUCCAAAUGCAACAACAAUAACAAAUAAACAGUUGGGAGGUUUCCCCAAUGUGAAACAUUUUCUUCAAAACUUAGUCAAAAAUACUGUUGUGGUUUCUAAACAAGUUGGAAGAUCUUUUCAAUAUAAUGCAGUUGUCGAGAAGAAUCGCUAUUUUUCAGCCCAUGGUCUUUUUAUGGAUUAUUUUAUACGAAAACACUUGUCCAAUCAGUAUAAUAUUGAAAUAAGUGAUUCACGUACAGAGCAUAUUCUGGAGAAUCCCGACGAUUACAUUAUCGGUAAAGACAUUAGAUUGCAAAACUCCAUUAGAGAACAUUAUGAGAUUUUUAAAGAUCCUAAUACCAAGGCCAUGAACAUUAUUAAUAGUAUAAAAAUUGUAUCACAAUCACAUUUAAUAUUUUUUGGAUAUGGUAUACCAAGACGUAAGUACAAUAUGAAUACAGAUAACUUACGUGAAAUUAUACGAUAUUUGGAAAGUCUUCCCUAUAAAACGGUUGACUUGAAUCCUAUGGUGGGAUGUGAAUAUUUUAAUGCCGAUGCCGAUUUAAUAUUCGAUAAUGAUGUGAUAUACGAAAUAAAAACCUCUAAAUUUAAGUCUCUCCAAAAGGGUAAAGCUAAAAUACCUUUGAGCAAAUUUUAUCAAACGAUAGUCUACAGUUUUGGUUUCUACAGGAAAACUGGUAUUAAAAUUAAAAAAUUUAAAAUCUACAAUCCUUUAUUGGGUGAUGAGUAUUCAAUAGAAUUGCAAAAUAUUGAUUUUAAGCUAUUUGAAAAAGUUCUAAAGCAUGAUGUUAUCAUAUACAGUAACUUAGAAGAAAUUUUAGCAGAAGAAAUGGUUCUGGAUCCAACACUGUUUCCUGAAGAAGAUGAAAAGUAAAGAAAUCUUUGCUUAAAUUUAAAAAACAGUUUAGAUUAUAUAUAUAUAUUUUUUUUGAUGGAAUAAAUUCUGCAUUAGCCCUAAAUAAAUAAUCUAAAUUUUCUUUUAUUGUAAUAUUUUUAUCUACUCGUAUUAUUAAUAAUAGCGAAAUUAGGGGAAUUACCGAACAUUUCUUUAUUAAUAAAUACAUAUGUAUGUAUAUAUGUAUGUGGCGUCAUAUACACAGCUGAUGAAAAUGGUUUAUUCAUUUCCUUAUGAUUUAAACUGUCACAUUGUCUUGUGGUCGUUGUCAAAAAACACAGUUAGUUCCUACGUUCCGUGGCGAGUUGUUAAGAUUUGUUAAGAGCUUACGUAAACCGAAAGUUAUUAUCCACUGUUUGUACGAAAAUAUUGCCGUACCAACUUUUGUAAUAAUCAUCGUUUAACACUAAGUAACUUACUUACUCACUUACUUACUUCCUUCCUUACUAACUAACUACCCAAAUAAUUAACUAUCUAACAGAUUCGUUACGGAACGGAACGUAACGUCGAAACUAACUGUGCAUAAAGUUAAUAAAUGCAGUAAAAAAAUACUCCAGCUGAUUAAUAUAUAUAUCAAACACAACCAGGGAAUUUUAACCGCAAGUUUGUUUAUAAAAAUAAUAAAUUGCGUGUUGUUGAUAUACAUGUCAGUUGUACAAUAAGUUUAAUCGUGAACACGGUUCAAAUUAUUCACACAAAAAAAAACAACUUGUUUGCUGCAUAGCAAAAAAAUUCUUUAUAUUCUACAUACAUACAUAAUUUGCUACUAAUUCGACUAGUUUCGCUAUAAAAAAGUUUCCGAAAUUUUAGAGAUGGAUGACAUUAAAUGGAAGUAUAUACCAUAUGCAACAACAAUAUCAAAUAAAUCAUUAAAUGAAUUUCCCAAUGUCAAACAUUUUUUCGAAACCUUUGUUAAAGAUACUGAUAUUGUGACAAAACAAGUGGGAAGAUCAUUUCAACAUCCUAAAGAUAUAGUGAAAAAUCAAUAUUAUUCAAUAUUUGGAACUUUUAUGGAUUAUUUCAUAUGGAAAUAUUUAUCCCAACAAUAUAAUAUUGAAAUUACUGAUACUUUUACAGAAAGAAUACUGGAGAAUCCUGAAAAUUAUGUUAUUGGUAAAAAUACCAAAUUACGUGACGCUAUUGAGGAACAUUAUGAAAUUUAUAAGGAUCCCAAUACUAGGGCCCUCGAUAUAUUAAAAAGCAUUAAAAUUGUGUCGCUUUCACAUAUUAUAUUUUUUGAUGAACCCAUCCCCAAAGAAGAAUUCACUGUUAAUGAAGAUAAUUUGCAUGAACUAAUAGAAUAUUUCAAAAAUUUACCAUAUAAAAUUAUCGACUUGAAUCCCUAUCUGGAUUGAAAAUAUUUUAAUGCAAAAGCUGAUAUUAUAUUUGAUAAUGAGAUUAUAUACGAAGUGAAGACCUCUAAAUAUAAAAAACCACCUUUAUACAAAUUUUACCAAAUGAUUAUCUACAGUUUUAGUCUGUACCUUAAAAGUGGUAUAAAAGCUAAGGAAAUAAUACUUUAUAAUCCUUUAAUGGGCACGGAGUAUUCCAUGGAAGUGGAAAAUGUUAAUUUUAAAAUAUUAGAAAAAGUUUUAAAACACGAUGUAGCAGUAUAUAACGGUUUACAAGAAAUUCUUAAAGACGAAAUGACAUUGGACUUAACAUUAUUUCCUUCAGAAGAAGUCAAUAUAUAAGACUUGUUUUAAAUAAAUAAUAAUAUUUAUACUAUUUAUAAUCAAAUCAAUCAAAAUAAAUUUAAACUGUUAUAUAUCAUAA